GCAACCGCUUGCUCAAGAAGGAGAGCGUGGCAGCUAGGAUGCCGCGCGCGACGGUUUGGACCCAUCCGGAGGGCGUCGUCCUGGACCACGUCUUCAAAGAACUGAGGAGGCUGAGCGCCUUGGACGGAGCCGGGGAGACCGGCGCGAGGAUUAGGCACGCCAGGCAUGAUUGGAAUGAUCUCCUCAUGGUGAUCGGGCCGCUCUUCUUUGGUUAG